AAAGAAGAAGAUAUCUCUCUCGUACGUCGGUCCGCUCUCUGCAUCGAGUGAUAAAAAAGCAUCGAAUAUGAUGCUACAAAACAACGUGCGCAGCAAACGUGGUGAAACCCGCCGUGAUAGUGCUUCGUGCGGCAAGACCUCUCGUCGCAGCUCUAUCCUGAAAGGCUCGCCAGCCGCAAAAGACCUUCAGCCGCAACAUCUUCGACGAUACGGCGACAAACAGAAACAACUGCAGGGAGUGCCUGCUGGCCAGAUGAACCCUGUUGAUGAACGGGAACCCCAACAGCAGACGCAGGAGGGCAUGUCAAGCCGAGCUUUGCCUCUCCUCAUGGUGGCCGGUAUUUCAGUGGGUGCUUUGCUGGGUUGCAUCAUUCGAGUGACAUACAGGCCUUGGAGCAAGCGGCAGAUUAUGUACGUCAGUUUCCCAGGUGAACUGUUCGACCGCAUGAUGACAGGAGUGUCCAUACCUCUAAUGAGCUCGAGCGUUGUGGCCGCACUGGCAAGCAGCCGGCUAUCGGUCUCAGGAAGGGUGGGCGUUUGUGCGCUCUUUCUGUCGCUCCUCUGCAAGUGCUUGGCUGUGGCUGGAGCCAUCGGCAUUGCUGCAUUUCUAACCCCGGGACAGGCAGUGCAUCUGGAGACGGAUCUUCCGUAUGUCACUCCUGACAUGCGGCUCUCUGCGGUCGCCAUAGACCGAUUACUGGACCUGAUUAGGAACCUAUUCCCAUCGAACAUAAUCAGCGCCCAUAUGAAAGCGAUUUUUACAUUCGAUGGCUCGACCAUGAGAGCUUCAGAUGAUAAAAAACUUGAGGCGAAUAUCCAGACCCUUGAUACCAAUGUGACCAACCAGCUAGGCUUGCUGAGCUUCAGCGUCCUUCUGGGCCUGAUGCUCUCAGCGUUUCGCCAAGAGCAGAACGUGGUGCUAAACGUAUUCGUCAGCUUGAGCAACGCCCUGGUUACCGCGACGCACAUGCUCAUGUGGCUCGCGCCCGUCGGACUCUGUUCGAUAACUAUGGGACUUGUGCUCCGAGCUAAAGAUCUGCAGGUCCUCGUGGGUGACCUAUUCAUGUAUCUACUGACAUUCUUGGCGGCGAUCGCUCUGCACGGCCUCGUUGUGCUACCGGCACUCUACUUGGUGCUUACGCGGAAACGACUGGGUCCAUUAUUUCGAAACAUGGUCCAACCUAUCUCUAUGGCGUAUGGUCUGUCAUCCAGCUCAGCGACGGUGCCCACUCUGAUCGUUGCGCUGGAAGAAGGGCUCCAGAUGGAUCCCAGACUGGCAAGGUGCCUUGUGCCUGUCGGCUCUACUGUUAACAUGGACGGCACGGCAAUUUACUUCACCGUUACACUCAUUUUCUUUGCCCAGAAGGAAGGCAUGACGCUGAGUCCUCUACAGUAUGCCUUCAUCGGGCUAACGAGCGGACUGGCCAGUUUAACCAUCGGUUAUUCAAAUUUAAAUGGGGUCAUGACGUACCUUUUGCAGACCUUCGACGUCCCAUUUCAGAAUACUAGAAUUCUCGUCUACAGCGACUGGUUCAUGAGACGGAUGUCCUUUGCAUUGAACGUUGUAACUGAUACCGUUGUCGCAAGUGGGACUCAGUCGCUGUGCCGGGCUGCGCUAAAUGGCGUGAAAACUCCGGACGUGGUCUCAGAGAUUGCAGGACCCGAUGACCCUGAUGGUCAACCCCAGUGAUCGCCAUUGUUGUUUGCAGUUUCUUUUUCUAAAUAAAGAUGGUUUGUAUGAGGGAAA